CAAUUUAUCCACCAUCGGCCGUCAAUCACGCCUCUCCCGUCCCCUAAAUCUCCUUGCAAAAGCCACGAAUCCUAAUAUCGACGACCAUUUGCGGCAAUUGGCCUCUCAGAUGCUACCGCUGACCAGCCUGAGAGCAAUGACUGACCUUGGUGGAGCCUUGUGCUCAAAUACUUGCGCGAUGGCAGGCUCGAGGGGUGCUCCUGCCGCCCACCACGCGCCUGGCUUCCUGGAACUAUUACAUCUUCUAAAACAGGAAGCGACAGCAUGCUCCUCUCCUUCCUCACCAGCUUCAUCGGCCUCGCAGUUGCCGCCACCAACCCAAUCGACACCUUCGCCAACGUAACCGUCUUCCAACCCGACUCCGGUGCUGUCAGCUACGCCCGCACCGAAUCGCUCACCAACGGCACGCUACUAGCAACCUGGUCCGACUUUGCUGCAGCUAACAACACCAUUCCCAUCUACCGCUCCGCCGACAACGGAUUCUCGUGGUACACCUUCGGCAGCGUGACGUCCGAUACUGAAGGCCGCAGACUUGUGCAACCGCAUUUGUUGUAUCUAAAUGAGAGCUUUGGGGACUGGGAUGCGGGAAGUGUGUUGUUAGCGGUGAAUGCGGUGGAUGAUAAGAGCACGAAUAUUGAGGUGUAUGGGAGUGCGGAUAGUGGCGAGAGCUGGAGCUUUGUAAGCACGGUUGCGACGGGUGGGAAGGCGAAUACGACGAAUGGGGCUACGCCGGUCUGGGAGCCGUUCUUGAUGAUGACCAACCACAAGGUCGUCUGCUACUACUCGGACCAACGUGAUACCCAGCAUGGGCAGAAGCUCUCUCACCAAACUACCUCGGAAAGCCUGGAUGCUUGGGGCUCAGCGGUGGAUGAUGUGGCGUUUAGCAACUACUCCGAUCGGCCUGGCAUGACAACCGUCGCGAAGCUGCCCAACGGCAAAUACAUCCUCACCUUCGAAUAUGCCAUGCUAAACGCCACUGGUAAAUACCGCUACCCGAUUUACUACAAGAUCUCCAACGAUCCGGAGAACUUUGGCACAGAGAAAGCUUACCGUAUUAAUGUGAACACGGGUGUCCAACCGAAUGGUGGGCCGUAUGUGACAUGGUCGCCAAUUGGCGGCGUUAAUGGAACUAUUGUUGUCAGCGAUUCGGACCACAAUUCCAUCUUUGUGAACCGCGCGUUAGGAGAUGGGAUUUGGACUGAAGUUAAGACGCCGGCGGGGCGGGCGUAUUCGAGGGAGGUGCGGAUUCCGACCAACGACGAAACGAAGCUCCGAAUUGCAGGUGGCGCGGAAUACGGCCAGACGGACCCAAGCCAAGUGCUCCUUACAAUUAUGGAUCUUGCGAAGGCACUCAACAUUACAUCGUAGGGGUUGCUAAUGUAAAUUGUGGGAAAAUAUGGGAUGGGGUUCAAAAUUGGUUGGAUUGGGAAUAUAGAGGUAUGCGUGUAUAUAUGUUCUCGAUCUUGGAUAAAGCUUCGUUUACAUUGGCGAUCGUUUAUCGCUAACGCUAGGUCAUAACCUCAUCGAACAUAUUGACCUAGACUAGUCUU